AGAUUUCAAUUACAGUAAUUGAAGAAAAAUAUAAAUUGAAUUCUUAGUCAGUUCAUAUCAUUUACGGAUAGUAUGGAUAGAAGUAGAAGAGGAAGCAGAACUUCAACGUCGGAAAUGCCGUCGACUCCAUUAUUGGACAGUGAAGAAGGUGGCCCUGGAGUUCUUUUCAAUAUGUUCAUCGUAAUGGAGGAUCUCCAAGAAAAACUGAAACUAUUAAAUUGCGACGCGGAGUUUUUCAAAGAAAUGGGAAUGAAGCCUUCAAGCAGGCAUUAUUUCGCACUUACAAGCAAUACAGGAGAACAGUUUUACCUUUUUUCGACGCUUUCUGCGUGGUUGAUUCGCAAAACAGGCCGAAAAUUUGAGAAUCCUCAAGAAUACGACGACCCGAAUUCGACUGUGUCAAAUAUUCUUGAUGUUGUGAGAGCUCUUGGUGUUAGCAUCGAUUUCCCGCCCAGUAAACUGAAAACUGGUGCCGGAGAACAAGUUAUCUUCGUUUUGGACAGUUUGGCGGACGCUGCUCUGAAGAAUGUGGGGUUUACUUGGAUGAAACCGCCGCCAAUCCUCGACACGGGUAACGACGACGAAGACGAAUUAAAUGACAACAUUGACGAACAAGAGUUGGUGCUGGAAGCCUUGGAAGAGUCGGAAACGAUACCCGAGGAUUCUGGGGAUUUGGAUGAUGAAGACGAUGACAACGUUUUGCUAAACCUGGAGGAUUUGAAAGGACUGACAGGAAUCGGGAAUAAACUCGACAAGAUGAUGGAGAGCCAAAAACCCGAAGAGGUUAUGGAAAGUUCGACAAACAUAGAAGAGUGGCGUUUGGAAGUAGAAAGAGCUCUGCCUCAUUUGAAAGUCGUUGUCCGAAAUGACAUGCGGGAUUGGAGAACGAGGGUUGAGCAGAUGCAAGAGCACAAGUCGGGCAUUGAGGGCAACUUGAAGGACACGCGAUCGCAGUUGGACAAGUUCCACGCGGACGUUUCCCGUACCCUCGAUAAAGUGAUGACGCGUGAAAAGUAUUUGAACAAUCAGUUGGAACAUUUGUUGGUCGAGUUCCGUAAUGCGCAAGAUCGGGUCGCCGAAUGCAGGCAACAUUACGCGUCCGUCAGCGGCGGAGUUAAUGAGAGAAAGGAAACUUUUCGACAGAUUUCAUCGAAACUUGACGCACUGAAAGAUGAAAUGGAACGUCGGGGUGCUUCUAUGACCGAUGGAAGUCCGCUUGUGAGCAUCAGGAAAGCAUUGACCAGAAUCAAGCAGGAAUUGAUGGCGAUGGAGAUUCGUCAUGGGGUUGUAGAACACACUUUGCUACAGGCACGUCUGAGGGACCGGAGUCUGAUGCAGCGGGAUAUUGCAUCUGUUUCUGGUCCUGGUCGCAUGUCAGCUUGGUGGAACGAUGUAGAAAUGGGCCCACCGGACGCUAUUUUGGGAGUGACAGAGGCUUUCAAACGGGAUACAAACCCGAAGAAGAUCAAUUUGGGCGUGGGUGCUUAUCGUGACGACAAUGGCAAGCCCUUCGUGUUGCCGAGUGUUAAGAAGGCUGUGGAAAUUCUGCAUGACAAGCAUUUGGACAAGGAAUAUGCCGGAAUCAUUGGUUUACCCGAUUUUGUGUCUGCUGCUGUUGAACUCGCUUUGGGAAGCGGAAACACAGUUACCAAGAAUAAAUUGAAUGCAUCAGUGCAGGGAAUCUCAGGAACAGGUUCUCUUCGAAUCGGAGCUGCUUUCUUGAGCAAGUUUAGUCCCGGUCCGAAAGUAGUAUAUCUUCCUUCGCCGUCUUGGGGCAACCACACUCCAAUUUUCAAACAUUGUGGGUUGGACGUCAAGUCUUACAAGUAUUUCGAUGCCGCAACUUGCGGAUUCGAUUUUAAUGGAGCUCUGGAUGACAUUAAGAAAAUUCCUGAGCAUUCCAUCAUUCUGUUGCACGCUUGUGCUCACAACCCUACUGGCGUUGACCCGAAACCAGAUCAAUGGGCUGCGUUGUCCGAGGUCGUUAAGCAGCGGAAGUUGUUGCCGUUCUUUGACAUGGCAUACCAGGGAUUCGCUUCUGGUUGCACGGAUACUGAUGCAUAUGCAGUGAGGAAGUUUAUUCAAGAUGGUCACAACGUCCUGCUCGCCCAGUCGUUUGCCAAAAACAUGGGACUCUAUGGUGAACGUGUUGGUGCGUUUUCUGUGGUGUGCAGUUCUCCGGAUGAAGCAUCGCGGGUUUUGUCCCAAAUUAAAAUCAUCAUUAGACCAAUGUAUUCCAACCCACCUAUCAAUGGAGCAAGAAUAGCCUCGACCAUUUUGCACGAUGCUGCUUUGAAUCAGUUGUGGUUAAAGGACGUGAAGGGAAUGGCCGAUAGGAUCAUUGGAAUGCGUACGAGACUACGAGAUGGGUUGACCAGGGAAGGCUCCAAACGUGACUGGGCACACAUAACUGACCAGAUCGGCAUGUUUUGCUUUACUGGCAUGAAGCCGGCGGAAGUUGAACGCCUCACCAAGGAAUUCAGCGUUUACCUAACCAAGGAUGGACGGAUCUCUGUCGCUGGUGUGUCGUCCAACAAUGUAGACUACCUGGCUCAUGCGAUGCACCAAGUUACCAAGUGAAAAGCUUGCGCCGCUGCGAAUUCCGAAAAAAGGGGUUCCUGUGUGUGAACCCGUGCAGAUCAAAGCGUACAUGCUUUUCGUUAGUUUUCUCCUUUUGCAAGGAAAAUACACCCCGGAUCGUCCUGUGCAACGCAAUUUGUAGGUUGUUUUCGUGGGAAGAGGAAAACUUAGGAAUGGCUUUGUUUUGGGAGCUUUUAUUAAUUUUUUUGUGGCCCAUUGUUGAGAACUUCGUGGAACUGUGCUUUCUGGUGUAAUUAAAGUUGUUUGAUUCAUUUUCGGUCCGCGAGAACGAAUGGCGAUUACUAGACUGAAAAUUUUAGCUUUUUUGAUAGGUUAGAAUCAAGGAAGUCACAGAUGAAUAUUAUAAAAAUUUAAUCCGACGCCAUCUUUUCUUUAACUUUUAUAAAUGGAAAUUUAGGUGAUGAUUGUUUUGAAAUCUAUGAUUUUUCUACAUGUACAAUGCAAUUAUCCCGGCGAUUUUCUUUCGUAAUGAUAGAAAAAGUAGGGUUGGGGUGCUUUUAAAUUUGAUCAAUUUCUCCGGUUUGUAUGUUGAACGACUCAAGGAAAGCCUGAGCAAAGUAGUACUUGUGAAUAUCAAACUUCUUCGUUUUCAAGGUUGGAACUAGGAUGAUAUGAUUUUUAUCACAUUGAAUCGGAAAUUACGCGUAGAACGCGUCGCGCUCGAACCGAAAGGGAAAAUACAAACGGAAAGUGAAGAGACUCGGAAAA